CGCAUCGCUUGUCUGCUCGCUGAAGGAGACGGGAGUCCGUUUAGGACAGUUUCCAGGCUGCCGUCUGUCCGAGCGGAGCGGGGAGGAGCCAUGUCGGCCCAGGGAUGCAACAGGAUUUGGGGACGCGGAAGGAAACGCAAGGCCACCUAGCGGGCUUUGUCUGGGAUCCUGGCAGGUUCGCGAGCCGGGUUUCCGACGCGAAGCCGACCCAAGCCCGUCUCGCACUUCUGGGAAGGGGCAGGCGGUGACUCAGAUUACACCGGCCCCGAUCUGCCCUCCCCGCAGCCGCUCAAUUGUAGCUUUAAAAGGAAGUGACAUGGGGUGGGGAGAGGCGUCAGCUGAGGACCACUUUUUUUUCCCCUUCCCUCCGAAGGGUCCACCCCAUGGGUGGAGUCUCGCCUUUUCUUCCCAGCGUUGGCUGACUUACAGCUCCUCUAAAGUAGUGGCAAUCCCUGCGCCCCAGCCUGCGCCCCUUCAGCGCCUCCUCUCCAAGUCCAUGCGUCCAGGGCUGCCAGGAAGGAGGUUGGUGCCGCUCGCGUGCUAUUUCCAGGCGACUUCACCUCUGGGCGUGGCGGAUUUCUGUCCCUCUUUCUGUCACGGUUAUUCUCUCCUUGGCUGGAUUUCAUGAGACCCUUUGGAAGGGGUAGACACGUUCCUGAGUCCUGGAUCCUUUUUCCCUCUGGAAAUAUUCUACGGCGGGUCUUUAUUAUUUUGAAUAAAAGCAACCACCCAUCAUGGACCUCAUCGGGUUGCUGAAGUCCCAGUUCCUGUGCCAUCUUGUCUUCUGUUACGUAUUUAUCGCCUCGGGGCUCAUAAUAAACACCAUUCAGCUCUUCACUCUCCUUCUUUGGCCAAUUAACAAGCAGCUCUUCAGGAAGAUCAACUGCCGCCUGUCUUACUGCAUCUCCAGCCAGCUGGUGAUGCUGCUGGAGUGGUGGUCGGGCACCGAGUGUAUCAUCCACACGGACCCCCAGGCCUACCCCCAGUUUGGGAAAGAAAACGCCAUCGUGGUCCUGAACCAUAAGUUCGAGAUCGACUUUCUCUGCGGCUGGAGCCUGGCCGAGCGCUUUGGGGUUUUGGGGGGCUCCAAGGUGCUGGCCAAGAAGGAGCUGGCCUACGUGCCCAUCAUCGGCUGGAUGUGGUACUUCACGGAGAUGGUCUUCUGCACACGCAAGUGGGAGCAGGACCGCAAGACCGUCUCCAGGAGCCUGCUGCACCUCCGCGAUUACCCCGAGAAGUACUUUUUCCUGAUUCACUGUGAGGGCACGCGGUUCACGGAGAAGAAGCACCAGAUCAGCAUGCAGGUGGCCCAGGCCAAGGGGCUGCCCAGCCUCAAGUACCACCUGCUGCCACGCACUAAGGGCUUCGCCGUCACCGUGAGGAGUUUGAGAAAUGUAGUUUCAGCUGUAUAUGACUGUACACUCAAUUUCAGAAAUAAUGAAAAUCCAACAUUGCUGGGAGUCCUAAAUGGAAAGAAAUACCACGCCGAUUUAUAUGUGAGGCGGAUUCCUCUAGAAGAGGUCCCAGAGGAUGAGGACGAGUGUUCAGCCUGGCUCCACAAGCUGUACCAGGAGAAGGACGCCUUCCAGGAGGAGUACUACAGGACGGGCACCUUCCCGGAGACGCCCAUGGUGCCCCCGCGCCGGCCCUGGACGCUGCUGAACUGGUUGUUCUGGGCCUCGCUGCUGCUGUACCCUUUCUUCCGGUUCCUUGUCAACAUGGUCAGCAGCGGGUCUUCCCUGACACUGGCCAGCUUUGUCCUGGUCUUCUUUGUGGCCUCCAUGGGCGUUCGAUGGAUGAUUGGUGUGACAGAAAUUGACAAGGGCUCUGCCUACGGCAACGUGGACAGCAAGCAGAAAAAGAGCGACUGACCCAGGACACGUGCCGUCCAAAGGGGACCUUGGGGCACUGGUGGACGCUGCCUAUCAUCCUUGCUGGGACCCAGUGACGAAGCUGGGUGAGCCCCUGCUGGGAACGCCGGGAGUCUGGGCUCAACACCUGGAUGGGGAGGAAGAUGAGCUUCCAUCUUUUCUUCCCUCUGCUUUGGUGGGUUUCAGUUCUCCUCGUGUGAGUGUGAGAGAGAGAGAGAGCGCGAGUGUGCGUGCGUGCGUGUACGUGUGUGUGUGUGUGUGUGUGUGUGUGAGAGGGAGAGAAAGAACACACAGACGUGAGAACGACAUGUUGCUGAGUGUGAGCCUUGUCCGUGACCAUUCGGAGGGUGUGAGGUGCAGGGGGCGGGCAGGGAUGGGGCGCAAGGGGGAGUGUCCCCUUUCAUCCUUUGGUGCUGUUUUCUGUAACCCUGAUUGCCAGAGACAGAGUGAAAGGCGCUGUAGGUAAAAUGAAUAAAUUAUGCCUCCAAAAACAAGUUGGUUUUGUUCCUCUGCGGUGUUUACUCAGACCACUCGCCCCUCCAUUCCGCCCCCACCGCAUCUGGUGUUCCUUGCCCCAGUGAGCCAGAUGGUGCUCUCUCGGGGACUGGGGGAGAAGGAUGCGGCAUGGCGAUGGCAGUUCCUGGGGGGUGCAUGUGCCGCCCCGAUGACCACUCCCAGCAGCAGACACGAUGCAGGGCCCGUGAGCAUUUGUUUAAGGAAGACGGCAGGUGCUGAGUGCAUCUGUGUGACACAGCGACAACUUAAGGCUGCUUUGGUUUUCCCAAUCUCCCUGCAGUGGAGUCUGCCUGGCCUACAUGGUAAAGGGGUGCCCAACUCCCUGAAGAAACUGAUCUUGAAACUGAAUGUAUAAAUGAAGGUUGGCCAUUCUGUCACAGUCUGAGAGAUGAUUUUUCAUCCUCUGUUGAUCUCAGUAGCAAGUGGAAACUGGGUCCCCCAAACAAUGCAGAAUCACUUUAUAAAACCACCACGCAGGGUCAGACGCGCAAACGCCGGGACACAAGGAGCCACUGGGCUUCUGCUUUCCUUCUGGAAGCCCAGAGCUUUGUGCCACAGGUCUGCUCCUUGGCAUUUGGCCUUCGGAGAAUGGGCCCCACAAAGGACUUCUGCAAACUGCUGCCAAUCAACAGACGCCAAAUGCAAAACCAUGAAGGGAGAAAGGCAGUUAUAUUUCCAGGGAACGGUUUCGGGCUGGACACUACGUCCUCUCAGGCCUAGACGCGCUGGCAUCUGGGCUCACGGCAUUUGCAGGCACGAGUGCUGAACAGGCCACGCCUUCCUCCCGCGUAGCACGUGUGCCCACGCAGGCCAGUCUGCUGUGGCCGUAUAAGGGGUGGACUUGGACGAGCCGUACGUAAGGCACAUUCGAUUCAGAAUCAUGCUCUCCUGUUUGCGCACUUACUUAGCCAUUGAGUGUUUACCAAGCACAACCCAACUGGAGACGCCAGGGAGUGAUGGGAGAACUCGAGAGAGGCUCUCUGCUUCGAUACACGACAGUCGUGUCACUGAUCCAAAUCCCAGACGUGAAAGGGGAACAGCUUCUGGCUCGGAGUGGGAACGGAGUAUCGUGAGGCCAAGGCCUGAGUUGCUACCCACCAGCGUCCCUGAGCGCAGGGGUGAUGGCUGUGCAUUUGACACCCUGCAUCAGGCCGUGUGCCGGUUUCAAAGGCAGCCUUCCCACAAGGCACACAGGACAGAUUCGCGGGCAUAAGGCCGGCACAAUCGCCUCAGGCACGAGAGGGGCCAGUGGAGCAGCGCAGGUGGGAGUUUCUGUGUGUCGGCCGCACCCGGUGUGGGGGCCGCCCUCCGCCAGGGACCUGAGUGGAACGGUUGGCAAUUUCGGGCCUGCUCUGAGCUGCAGUUCACCUCACGGAAUUCUGCAGUUGACUCACUAUAAGACCUUGGCCAAGCCGUUGUACCUCUGAAGUCCCAGUGUCCCGUCUAUAAAGUGGGGAUAACACCUACCGUAUUUCCCCAUGUAUAAGACGCUCCCAUGUAUAAGACGCACCUUAA